UCAGUGCCAUGCUUGAUUCAAGUUUAGUAUUCAGUAUUCACUUGCAUGUUAGAUUCCAAUAGUUCCUGUGAGGUACUAACAAAAAAAGUAUAAGACAGUAUCAGGAAUCAUCCACGACUUCAAAUCUCAUCCUAAAGACUAGCCAAACUACCAAAGUACCAAUCUCUUUUACUAAAGACUAGCCAAACUCAUCUACCAUGCAACUGGCCUCCCUCCAAGUGGUAGUGAUCGGCGCCGGAGCUGCCGGUCUAGUCGCCGCACGCGAACUCCGGCGAGAAGGCCACAAAGUCGUAGUCUUGGAGGGAGGAGACCAAGUAGGUGGCACUUGGGUCUACACUCCAGAAGUGGAGUCUGACCCAAUUGGGAUCAACCCAGAUAGAGCUAUGGUCCACUCGAGCAUGUACCAGUCACUCAGGACCAACCUCCCACGAGAGGUCAUGGGAUUCCGGGACUUCCCAUUUGUGGUCAAGGAAGGAGAUGAAGAGAGAGAUCCGAGAACGUUUCCAGGUCACAGAGAGGUGUUGAUGUACUUGAAGGAGUUCGCUGAAGUGUUUGGGAUAUGUGAGAUGGUGAGGUUUGAGAGUGAGGUGGUGUUUGUGGGUUUGGUGGAGGGUGGGAAGUGGAAGGUGAAGUCUAAGAGCAAGAGAAGUGAGAUUGUGGAAGAGAUUUAUGAUGCUGUAGUGGUCUGUAAUGGACAUCACACUAAACCUCGUUUAGCUCAGAUUUCAGGCAUCCAUACAUGGAAGGGGAAGCAAAUUCACAGUCACAAUUAUCGUACUCCCGAGCCAUUUAGAGAUCAGGUUGUAAUUUUGAUAGGCAGUGCUGCUAGUGCUGUUGAUAUUUCUCGUGACAUAGCUGGAGUUGCUAAAGAAGUUCAUAUUGCAUCUAGAUCUGUUGCUGAUGAAACCAUUGAAAAUCACCCUGGCUAUGAUAACUUAUGGCUUCACUCGAUGAUCCGAUGUGUCUAUGAAGAUGGUAGUGUUGUUUUCCAAGAUGGAAGUGAUGUCCGUGCUGACAUCAUUCUUCACUGCACAGGGUACGAAUAUCAUUUUCCUUUUCUCGAAACGAAUGGCAUUGUGAUUGUGGAUGACAACCGUGUUGGUCCGCUGUAUAAGCAUGUCUUUCCCCCAGUCUUUGCCCCUUCACUUUCCUUUGUUGGCAUACCUUUUAAGGUUGCUCCUUUCUUCAUGUUUGAGCUUCAAAGCAAGUGGAUAGCUGGUAUUUUGUCUAAUCGAAUUGCACUUCCAUCCCAAGAGGACAUGAUGGAGGAUGUUAAAGCUUUCUACUCUUUACUUGAAGCUUCUGACACACCUAAGCGAUACACUCAUAGUAUUGCUGAUCAUCAGUUUGGAUAUGACGAUUGGGUUGCAACUGAGUGCGGGUCUCCAGUCUCUGAGGAAUGGAGAAAGCAAAUGUUCUAUGCAGCUAUAGAGAACAUGCUAGCCAAACCAGAGACAUACCGAGAUGAAUGGGAUAAAUAUAUCCAAUUAGUAUUGCAAGCUCGUGAGGACUUCAAGAAAUACUGCGCAAACGGACAUAUAAUUCUUGACGAGAAGGACUCGAACAUGUUAAUGGGCAAGUGAAGCCACAUGAUCUCUUUCCCAGAUUGAUCAUUGUGAAUAUAGUUGGCACAAAUGUGUUAAGAAAUGUGGUGCAUUCCUUAUUGUUGGUGUUGGUACACAUGAAACUGGAGCUAAAUAAAAUCCCACUACCAUACCAGAAGAAUAAAUGCCUGGUACGCUCUUCUGCUGAAGGAUCGAAACUGCUUGAUCGGAUAUUAUUGUACUAAAGAUAUGAACAAUUCAUAAUGUAUCAGUCUAUCAGACAAAAUUUAGUAGCUGGAACAAUUCUUUCGGAAGCUCUUUGGUCAGAACACAUCCUGUUAAUGGCUAAUUCUCAUGGGACAGCCU